AUGUUUAAAUUAAUAACAAUAUCAUCAAUAGUAGCUGUUGCUGCUAUUGGGUCAGGCCUUGUAAUAUACAGACUUCACCUUGUACCAGAGAAGCCAGAACUAGACUUACAAAAAUGGUGGGGAAUAGGGAUGAAGCCGCGUGAAGAAGACACCUCUAUUAGAAUAUUUAAUAUUGACUUUAAUGAUACAAUGAUCCAAGACCUUAAACAGAGAUUAAGAAAUCAUAGACCAUUCACAAAGCCUCUGGAUGGCAUUCAAUCUGAGUACGGUAUUAAUACAAAAUAUUUAGAUACAAUAUUAUCAUACUGGCUGGAAAGGUAUGACUUUAAGAAACGUGCAGAACACCUGAACAGGUAUUCACAUUACAAAACAAGGAUACAAGGAUUGGACAUCCAUUUUAUACGAGAAACGCCUAAAGUUAAGGACCUUAAAGUAUUGCCGUUACUGUUAUUACACGGUUGGCCGAGUUCUUCCAAGGAGUUUGAUAAAAUAAUCCCAAUGCUCUCAUCAAAAAGAAGUAACCGUGAUUUUGUUUUCGAAGUAAUUGCUGCUGAUCUACCUGGAUUUGGAUUUUCAGAGGGCACGAACAAGCCAGGAUUGAAUCCAGUACAAAUUGGAAUAAUGAUGAGGAACCUGAUGAAACGCUUGGGAUUCGAUAAGUUCUACGUUCAAGGUGGAGAUUGGGGGUCACAGUGUGCCACUCACAUGGUGACAUUGUUCCCCGAUGAGAUCUUAGGAUUUCACACGAAUAUGCCGUUCUCUUCGAGAUUGGUGAGCUCUGUGAAAAUGUUAAUGGGAUCAUUGGUGCCCAGCUAUGCUGUAGAUCCUAGAUAUGUUGACAGAAUUUAUCCGUUGGGAAAUCUUUUAUCAUCUUUAAUUAAAGAGAGUGGAUACUUUCAUAUACAGGCCACUAAGCCGGACACUAUUGGUGUUUCUCUAACCGAUUCCCCAGCGGGUCUAGCGGCUUAUAUUAUUGAAAAAAUGGGAGUAGUGAGCAAUCGAGACCAAGUCAAUACUCCACAUAGUGGUAUAGAGAACCUGCCUCUAGAUGAUGUAUUAGAUACCAUCACCAUCGUAUGGGCAAACAACUGCAUUGUUACUUCGAGUAGAUUGUACGCUGAGGCAUUUGCAUCUCCUGAAGUUUACAUUAUUCACAACAUACCUACACCAGUUCCCACAGGUGUCAUCAACUUCAAAUAUGAAGUGUUAUACCAACCGGACUGGAUAUUAAAAGACAAAUUUCCCAAUUUGGUAUCAUCCAACACAUUGGAUAUAGGUGGACAUUUCGCUGCUCUACACACACCACAAAUAUUGGUUGACGAUAUUUUCUCAGCAACUGCCGCAUUUAUAAAUUUCAAUAAGAGAAAUCUUUCAUAGUAAAAAUUUCAAUACAAUGACAGACCAAGCCUACUGAAAUAUUAGCCGUUAUAUUCCAAAAUCAUUCAAUUAAAAAUAUAAA